ACUACUCGCGUGCGGCGCCGCGGCCGCGCGACCUCGCCCGUAGCGCGACUCGCCCUCGUCGUCGGAGUCGUCGGAGGCGGAGCCGGCCGCGUCGUCGUCGGAGUCGUCGCCGCGUAUGCGGCCGCGCCCGCCGCCACGGCCGCCGCCCCGUUUCCUAUCGUCGCGCGCGAUGCGGGCCGCGAGCGACGCGUCCUGCUGCGUUUUGCGCGCGCGCGGCGCGGCGCCGAGUCCGGCGCGCGGCCCCGUCGGCCGCGGGGCCUCGGGCGCGGUCGCGGCCUCGUCGUCGUCUUCUGCCGCGUCGAGCCAGGACGCGCAAGCAGCGAAAGCUCUCGGAUUCAGCCGCAACGGCUGGGCCAUUGUGAUCGACGUGCUCGUGCACUGAGCUCCCAAGCUUGCAGCAGUGUACCGUGCGCGCGCGCCGACCAGAGUAGCGUUUUUCACCAGCGCCGCGAGAAAUUUGAUGCGUGGCACAAUGCGUGCGUAACAGCCUUGCCUGGCAACAACUCUGAGACGAGUGCUGCAGGUACAGCCACUGGCACAAGAGCUCCAGCCCUACCGAGCGCCACCUUGCAGCAUCUAUUCGUCGUCGCGCUGACGCGCACAGCUUGAUAUAGCUGCGUGACGCCGCCGCCUGGCACAACCACUGCACAAGCGCAGCAC